GUUUUGUUGGGCGCCUUGCGCAUUCUUGGACGCCCGAAGUGUAUGAGAUAAUUGUUGUUCGGGGUAGCUUUGGUUUGGAACCUUCAGACGCGAGCCCGUAGCUGCCACUGCUUGCCACCAGCGCCGAUGAUCCAGGAGAGUUGGACCCCCGAAUCAUCCAUGAUAACUGCGGGCUGGGGUAAUUGCAGUUUGGGCCCCCGAGGCGCGAAUCAGUAGUUACCAGUGGCCACCGCCAGCACUGAUGUUUCGGAGUUAUGACAGUUUAGACACCAGGGGAGAGUGGAGAAUGGCUUUCGCAAGUCAUCUGUGGUUUCGGGAUUGGGAGGUGCUCGAAGGAGGAGGAGAGGCACACGAUGAGAAGAUUCAGAAGCCGGGGGCGACAAUAGGGGCGAAUAUCCCAGGGAGGAGCAAUCCAUACAUCCAGGGGCGCCAAUGAUCUAUGCCUUCGGCGAGGGAGGCUCCCCGCGCGAAUGCGUGUAUGGCUCUCUGGGCUAGUCACCCCCAUCGUCGCCCUCGAAGAAGAAAGGGGACGAGCGAGGGCCUGAGAGGAAAAAAAUGAGGCACCCGCCCACCUGCUCAUGGUCCUGUCCCACCUGCUCCCGCCUCUGGCUUCUCCUACACCAAGACAUCCCGCCCUGUGCAGCGCGGACGACUUCGCCUCGCGCGCGUUCACCCAGAGCCGAGAGCGGUUCGAGAAGUUCAUCUUGGACAUCCAGAGAUUCUACAAGGAGCUGUAUCAGGACGACUUGCUGGUACAGCAGCUGCGGGCGUUCAUAUACAAGUGGUUCACCACCUACUGCCAGAGCCUGCUGGACCAGGAGCCGACCCUUCGGCGUCGCGCCCAGGGGGGCACGGAGGAGCUGGACAAGUGCCGGACGGUCGAGGAGGUGUGUGGGGCCGCCACGAAGAGGCUGUCGCUGCUGAAGUGCGGCUCGCGGAUCGGCCUGGUCCAGGCGCACUCUUUCCAGAUCCCGUCGAGUUCGAGCCAGGCCCGUGAGCUCGCCGCCAUCGGCGACGCCGGCCUGGAGGAGGGGGCGAGCUUCUCGGGCAGCAUCAUCAGCAACGGGAGCGCCGCCAGCGUCGCCAGCUCCACGAGGAAGUGCGGCGUGCGGUGGCUGCGCUUCGGCCGGACGGGGUGCGGCCGGAUGGGCCCCCGCACGCGCGACGGCGCUCGGGUGAACACGGACUGGCCGCUGAGAGUGGGCUUUCUCUGCGGGAACAUCACGAUCCUCUCGAGGCGGCACCUCAACCACCUGAUGUACUUGGUGUUGGACCUGCUUUUGAUAGGCUGGGAGCUGGUCAACCAGCAGACCUACACGAUGUUGCUUGUGAUCGCCAACUUUGCUUGUGUCGUCAGCACGCUUGCCUGCUUCGAGCAGAUCGACGAGAUAGCAAAGUUGCAGCAGCGCAUUGCGAGAUACCAGACGAAAGCGGAGAAAGUGAAGGAGGAUUUCAAAAAGGCGACCGACGAUUGGGAAAGGAUACAGCAGCUGCACGACCUCUGGAACUACCGCACCAUGCCGUUCCUUGCGAUCAUGGGCAAGAUCCAUCACGCCCUGGACGACAUGGACCGCGAGAUCAGUCACGAGGGCCCCCGCAACGACAAGCGGCUGGUGUGGCUGGAGCACGCCAACCAGUGCCUCGAGGCCCUGGACAUGAAGCUCGGGCAGGCGAGCGACUGGACCGUCUCGGGCCAGGAGCCCCUCGCCGACGAGUGGAAGGCGACGAUAGGGCGGCAGCUGAAGAACGCCGAGAGGAGCGAUAACGUUGACGAGCUGAUCGAGUCGUUGCCGCUGCUCACCAACCCAAAACUGGCAACGCUGGAGGACGCUCGCCUGCAGGUGCCGAGUGGCAGCUCCUCGCGCAGGAUGUCCUCGCCGGCGGCCUCGCCGCCGCCGGGCGGGCGGUCGCCGGCGGCCUCGCCGCCGCCCAGCCGCCGGUGACGGCGCGGGCGGUGCACAGGGCGCUGGGUGCCCCACGAGUGCCUCCGCGGCAGGGUGCAC